GAUCGGUGUAUACAAAUCAACGUGAACAUCAGCUCAAAAUUCAAUUUUACCGUGGAAAUAAAAAAAAUAGAAUUCCAUGCCUUCUGCUUUGUAAUUAUAAUUAUGUCGGCUAAAUUGGUAAAUUCAGGCUGCAGCUGCAGGUUGAGGUUGAAAACAUGAAAAACGACAUGGCUUUGGCAUCCCACCAAAUAAGGGAAGAUGUUAACUGCGCAGUUGAGACUCGGUUGGCCUUGUUCUGUUUCAUUUUCAUUCUCUUCAAUCAGGCGGUUAUUUCCACGCCCCCUUCCCUCGUUUCCUUCGCCUCUGUUUCUCCCCUUAUACUCUUGUUCAUUUCUGCCUGUUUCCCUCACUUUCGCUUUGCUUUCUCAGCUCUUUCUUACUCUGAGAAAGCACAAUGGCUUCUGCUUUCUCUGCCACCAAGUUCACUCAGCCUUUGCCUCUCAAUACCUCCACCUCCAGAUCUCACGGAAAGCAAUCUGUUUUCGAUCCUCUCAAAAGUUCCACUUCUUUCCUAGGAUCUACUCGCAAACUUCGCUUCACUUCUUUUCCCAAAUUGAAUCAACCCAAUUCCCACCGUCCAUCACUUGUUGUUGCCGUUUCUGAAGCCGUUAAGGAAAAGAAGCUCAAAUCAACCUCCAAUCUGUUGAUCACAAAAGAAGAAGGCUUGGAGCUAUAUGAGGAUAUGGUGUUGGGCAGAGCCUUUGAGGACAUGUGUGCCCAGAUGUAUUACAGGGGAAAAAUGUUUGGUUUUGUUCAUCUCUAUAACGGUCAAGAGGCUGUGUCAACUGGGUUCAUCAAGCUUUUGAAGAAGGAGGAUUAUGUUGUUAGCACUUAUCGGGAUCACGUGCAUGCAUUGAGUAAGGGCGUCCCUGCUCGUGCUGUAAUGAGUGAGCUCUUUGGCAAGACCACCGGGUGUUGUCGAGGCCAAGGUGGAUCUAUGCACAUGUUUUCGAAAGAGCACAAUUUGCUUGGUGGUUUUGCGUUUAUUGGUGAGGGAAUUCCAGUAGCAACUGGUGCAGCUUUUACCUCUAAGUAUAAAAGGGAGGUUUUGAAGGAGGGAGAUAGCGAGGAUGUGACAUUGGCGUUUUUUGGAGAUGGAACUUGUAAUAAUGGACAAUUCUUUGAGUGUUUGAACCUGGCGGCAUUGUGGAAAUUGCCCAUUGUGUUUGUUGUGGAGAAUAACUUGUGGGCAAUUGGAAUGUCACACCUGAGGGCAACUUCGGAUCCAGAGAUUUGGAAGAAGGGUCCAGCAUUUGGAAUGCCUGGUGUUCAUGUUGAUGGAAUGGAUGUUUUGAAAGUUAGGGAGGUGGCCAAGGCGGCAAUUGGAAGGGCUAGGAGGGGAGAAGGACCAACAUUGGUGGAAUGUGAGACUUACAGGUUUAGAGGACACUCAUUAGCUGAUCCGGAUGAGCUUCGUGACCCUGCUGAAAAGGCUCACUAUGCUGCUAGAGAUCCCAUAAUAUCCUUGAAGAAAUAUAUAAUUGAGAAAAGCCUAGCCAGUGAAGCAGAGUUGAAGGUCAUUGAGAAAAAGAUAGAUGAAGUGGUUGAGGAUGCUGUUGAGUUUGCAAAUGAGAGCCCUCUUCCACCUCGCAGCCAGCUACUAGAGAAUGUUUUUGCAGAUCCAAAAGGCUUUGGAAUUGGACCUGAUGGGCGGUACAGAUGCGAAGAUCCCAAAUUCACCGAGGGCACUGCUCAUGUCUAGCUUUAUGGGAGUUGGGACAUUCAUCAACUCUGCAUGUUGUGGCUUUUGAUUAGUCUGCAUGAGGUUUAUACUAGAUAUUCUUGUGCCCUUAACUUAAAUGUAAUGCUUUGUCUUGUGUAAGCAAGAUUAAGGAUUUCUUGUUUAGGUUGCUUUUCUACUUAAAUUUUGGUUUUUCUUUCCUCUAAUUAUCCUUUUUUAUUGGACUAUUGUUUGGAAUGGAAAUCCCAAAUGCUUCACAUUCCUCACA